AAAAUCGAAAAGAAAACAGUAAAAAUAGCUGAAAAUCCCUGUGAAAAGAAAUGCUCAUUAUCAAGUUUCAUUGAAAAAUUCGAAAUCUAACAAGUAAGAUACUUGGAAAAUGUUCUAUUAAUAACUGAGUGAACUGUUUUCGAAUUGCUUGUUGAACUUUUUUCUAUCGAGUUGACUUAGUCAGCUAAUGUUCAGUCGAUCAACAGUCGACUGACUCAAUCGACUGGCUUUUGUGUCAAACUAUACUCUUUCCUUACCUUUUUGGUUAAAGGUAAACUACUCACCAAACCAUCAGCAUCAUAACCAAUGAUUUUUUUUCAAUGUUAAUUAUUUAAUCGCUCAGGAUUCUGUUUCAUCUACCUACUCCAAUAAUGUUAAAUCUUUUUUUCUCCCUGGUAUUGGCCAUUCCCAUUGAGAAAUACCCCGCAAUGGAAUACAAAGAAUCGUGCCCAACAAUUAAUUUAUCGAAAACAUCGUCAUCUGAUAAUAGUGAUUGGUUUCACCUUGAUUCUUAUUGUUACAAAAUUUUCUCUCAAAAUUUCGUUUCCUGGAACGAAGCUGAAACAAUUUGCUCAUCAUCAGAAAUCAAUGGUCACCUUGUCACAAUCAAAGACGAAAACAUCCAGAGACUAAUUGAAAAACUCAUUUCCAGGGAGGAAAAACAAUCAAAUCAAAAGAAAGAAACAAAUGAAUCAGAUGAUGACCCAAGUGACCUUAAUGGUGAACAAUAUUUUUACUGGAUCGGCGCAACGGAUAUGAAGCACGAGAAUCAUUUCCAAUGGGUCGAUGGAUCAGUAUUUAGUUAUACAAAUUGGUUUACUGGUUGGCACAAAACCGGAAGCACAAUUAAAUAUGGUAAACAGCCAAGUGAUGAUGGUUUCUCAGGGCAGGACUGUGUUGAAGUGCGGAAUCGUUUCAAAUACGCUUCUAAAGGGUUCGGCUCAACGGGCGAUCGUUAUUAUUGGAAUGAUAUUUCAUGUGAUUCCAGGAACGCGUUUAUAUGUCAAGUACCAAUCAUUAAAGACAAUCAAGAUAAUGAUAUCGAGUCAAAAUUUAAUCAACUAUCAGAAUCCGAGGUUUGUGAUAAAAACGUUAUUUUAAGUAUUCAGCACAAUUGGGAGGUCCUAACCACACCCAAGUAUCCUGACCCAUAUCCGAAUAAUUUAAAUUGUACUUUUGUCAUUUCAUCAAAUGAUGAUAAUCUUGUUGAGCUUAUUUUCACUGAUUUCAUCCUUGAAGAAGGCGAUUCAAAUUGCCAAUAUGAUUAUUUAAGUAUCCAUAGUUAUAGUAAAGGUCCGAGAUCACCAUCAACUGUCGCUGGUCAUCCUGUUUAUCCUUCCAGUAAUUUGAUUUCGAUGAGAAACUAUUGUGGUGAUUACAAUUCGAAGAUUAAAUUACUUCGAACUGUUGGUAAAAGUAUUCACUUAGAUUUAAUUACCGAUGAAUCUCACAAUUAUCGAGGUUUUCGAGCAGAGGUUCGACUAUUACCUGAUAUGUCUACAAAUAGAUUACUAUCAAUUCCAGUUGCUCCUCAAUUAUCUCCUUCAGGCUCAUUACCUUCGACACUUCAUCAAUCGAAGACAAUUUGUGAUGAUAAAAUGUUUCAACCCUUCGAAGGUGAAUGUUAUAUGGUCUCCAGUUACCCAGAAGUAUCUUGGACAACCGCUCGACGAAUUUGUGGUGACAUUAGUGCGGAAAUUUUGGUCAUUCGUGAUUUUGACGAUGAACGAAAAAUUAUCGACUUCUUUACUGCCACCAGUUUAGAUCGAUUUUCAAGUGACCUUUCACGGCCUGUCAGAGCUUUUUGGAUUCUUCAGCCAAAAAGUUCAGUCUUUUCCACCCAAGAGAUUUUAAAUAGUCCUGAAGAUGAUGAAGAAAACAUCAAUAGUAACUAUGGUACCUCUUUGGCCGUUGCAAUUGGAAUCAGCAAAGCUAAUUACAAUCAAAUGCAACAAAUUCAACAACAACCACAGCCAUAUAAUAACAAUAACAGUUCUCGCCCUCAACCUGGAAGGUCAAACUUGAAUAACGAAGCCAAAUCUGGACCAACGAACCUUUGGUUAUCGGAUAAAAUUGUCGGUGAAACUUUCGGACCAACAGAAAUGGGUGAAGAUUAUCAAGAGACUCGAAAAAUGUGUAACAUUUUCUCAAUCGAUUCAUCUAAUCAUAACAUUGCCUAUCGGUCAGUUGAAUGUAAUCACCAAGCAGGUUACAUAUGUAAGAAAAAACCAGUGGAUCUAGAUGAAGUCCAAAAUUUAUCAAUAACAAAUCAAACCCAUGGAUCAUUAAGUUCACCUAAUUAUCCAGGUUUAUAUUUGAAUAAUUUACAUUAUCAUGUCAACAUUUCGAGUGAUGAUCCUCAUUCAAAGAUUGUUAUUUGGUUUGAUAUCGUUGGAAUUGAAUGGCAACAAGAAUGUCUUUACGAUUAUCUAGAAAUCAGUGAGAAUGAUAUUAUUUCUGGUCAUUCUCAUGAACGUAUUUGUGGCCUCAUUGAAUCGGGUGACCAUUUGACCAAUUUAACUUAUUUUUCAAAAUCUUCCCGGGUAACAAUUUAUUUUCAUUCCGAUUUUUCUAAUCGUGGAACUGGAUUCAAGCUGAAUUGGCGUAUAAUUGAAACAACUUGGUGUUCAACUCCAUUAACAAUUAAUACUUCAAUCAAUAAAACUGGUUUCAUUGAAUCCCCUGGUUAUCCCAAUUGGAGUUUACCUUCAAUGAACUGUUCAUAUAUUUUAGUUGCACCUAAAGAUGAUCUUAUUCUUCUUACUUUGAUUGAUUUUAAUCUAGGCCAACCUAGGAGAACACUUCGUGAUAAUCGUUGUCGAAGUCGAUUAUCUUCCAAUUCUGAAUUUCUUAUCCUCGAGCUUGAUGAUACUCGAAACAUAACUUUAUGUGGUUCCAUUGAUAAUAAAGAUCUGCUUUCAGGUCAACAAUUCCUUUCCUAUGACAAUACACUUAAAAUUGGUUAUCAAACUCGAAAGCGUAAAUUUCCUAAUCCAUUUCAAAAUUUUCGUGGAUUCAAAUUUAAAUAUGAGAUCGUUUCUCGAUCCGAACCAAUUCUAACCAUUUUAAACCUUCAGGAAAACACUUUCGGCCGGUUGACCAGUAUGAAUUAUCCGCACAAAGCUCCUGCAAAUCUUAACUAUACAAUUCAUUUGACGACUCAGGUUGGCUUCAAGAUUGAACUUCGUGCUUCCAGAUCAAGUUCAAUGUUUAUCUCAUCCAAUCAGUGUUCACCCUCGGGUCUUUUCAAAGAUUAUCUUAUUUCUAUAUCUGAUCCUUAUGGGUCAACUGAGUUUAAUCCGCCAACACCCAAUAUUUGGUUCCUUUGUAAAUUAAUUGGUAAGUCUAAUAGUAAAAAUGAUUCCUAUCGACAAAUCGAUACGGUCAUUUCUCGCUUCCACAGCCUUAAGGUAUUGGUCAGCAAUUUAAGUCCAAAUAGCCAAACAGAAACGGAAACAGAAACCGGUCAUACUUUUCAACUUAUUUAUAAAACCGAUUCAGAUCCAUUUUUACUGAACAAGACCAAAUUUCUUGCGCUCGACUAUCCUGUUGAUUCUUGUAUUUAUAACCCGUGUGGUUCAAAAGGCGUUUGCUUAGAUCGUCUAACAUCCUCGAACCAAACAAUAUCCGUUUGUCAAUGUUCAUCUUAUUGGACGGGAUUAUUUUGCCAUCUUACUCUUUGCGAUUUAAAUGUUUGCUCCAGUAAUGGUGUUUGUAAAAUAGAUCAUGAAACAAAUGAUUAUGUCUGCCAUUGUAAUCGCGGAUUCACUGGUCGCAAUUGCCGAGACUCGGUUGGUACAUGUGAUCGUACUAAUCCUUGUGGGGACUCAGGAAAAUGUACAUUGAUCAACGGGAAUCCCGUUUGUGAAUGUCCACCUUGGUUGGAAGGUCGUUUUUGCGAUAAGUUUCGAUUACAUAUCCAUUACAAGCCUUUGAGUCAAAGGAUGUUAGAAGAACCUUUUUGGCUUGGGCUGAUUACAGUCGCAGUGGUUCUUGCGCUAAUUUCGUUGGUCUAUUGUCUGAAGAAAAAGUUUGCUGAGAAAAUAGAGAAAUUUUUCGAAGAAGAGAUUGAAAAGAGCAAGACUUUGACCGCUUUCGGUCUUAACGAUAUGUCAUCUGGAGGUCAUCGAUAUAGUUUAACCUCUAAUUUAGGAGUUUCUGUUAAUGUUACUCCAGUUAACCGAAGUCCACCUUUACCUAGAUCCAGAUCGUCAAUUAUUGGUCGUAUCUGUAAACGAGGAUUGCGAUCAUCUAAUGCUGGCCAUUUAUCGGACUCUGAAGUUGUUCACAGGAAGGAAAAAGACGAUGGUUAUUCAGAUACUGAGCUUCCAACGGGAGGAGGUACAAGUAGUGGUCAUGGAUCGAGACGAAAAUUUCCUCCUCUUUUAUUUUUCUCUUCCAAAUCAAUGGGUAAUUCAUCUAAUGGUCUUUUAUCCUCUUUUGAGAGAGAUGAAAAAUCCCGAAUACUAGCAGGACUUGUUUCCGGUGGCCUGAAAUCAAAAGAGAGACGUAUGAGUUUAGAUGAUUUUAUUCGAAUCAGCGAAUCAGCAAUACGGAGUUCGAAAGCCGCUCUUUUUGAUCCUCGUCAACAAUCAACUCAAGAUUCAUCAUCUGAUGCUGAACAAAAACUGUCACCAGUUUCUUCAAGAAAAUCAUAUGAUUAUCAUGCUAAUCCUUCAUUAGUUUCCACAAGCCAUCCGAUUAUGUCCGCCAGAGCUUUAUCCAGGCUACAGUUUCAUGCAAUUCGUGAAAACUCACAAGAAGAUCAGGAAUAUCAUGAGACAUGCAUGUCCGAGGGUUACAGUCCUAAAUUAAAUUCAAUCAUUGAGGUGGAACAUUCUAAGAGAUUGGAAAAAUUAAUGACUCAAGAUUCAGAAGUUGAAGGUAUUCUGACCAACAUUGAACAUAUUCAAAGCAUUUCAAAGUCUUGCCUUCGUUUGGACAAGGAAAUUGCCAACGGCAGUUCAAGCUGUGGAUCUAACGGUAGUGGAACGAUACCUCAAUCUCGAUCGUCAUUCAGAAUAAAGCGAAGUCCUUCCCCCCGACGAGCUCCAAGCGAUCUGUCAAGCUCAAGUGAUUCCGGUUCACCAAAUCAUAUGCCAGUUCCUGAGAUAAUGGUAACCAGAGCAUCCGUUGAGUAUCAAGAUAUUUCCGAUUCUGAAUUACCUCCAAUACCAGGAUCAGGUCGGAAUUCAUCUAUUGCAAUGCCUGGUUUUGAGAUUAGAAUCGAUUCACCUGAUGAACAUGAUGAUUAUGGUGAUGAUCAUGAAGCGAACCAUGGAAAUGGUAACAAUGGAUAUGGAUACAGUUAUAAUGAAAAUAAGACCAUGAAACAAUCAACAUUAUCUCCUUGCAACGAAACUCUGUCCACUAGAAGAUUAUCUGAGCCUCCCUGUCUUCCACCCAGUGAGAUGAGACAGCACGAAUCUAAACAUUACAGUAAUGAUGCAAAUCGACCAACAUUGGAAACCAAUGUGAGGAAAUAUUCGUUGGAAUUGACUACUCCUCAGAUCACAAUCAAUGCCGAUGUUGGACAUCAAGUUCAUUGCCGUGGUCUUCAACCUGAAAUGAAGGCAGUUUCUGCUCACACUAUUUCCGAAUCAAAUUUAAGUACAUCAGGAUAUUCAUCGUUUUCAUCACCGGGAAUUUCACGAACCAAUUCAGCUUCGCCAAUUUUAGAUGAAAUCGGAGGUGUUAACACUAAUUUACAGAGUGUUUUCAUUCCAGAGUCACUCGAAUUGAAUGAUGCUCCAGGACGAAGUCGCCAACAGCAGCAGCACUUUAAGAAAAGUUCAAAUUUUGGUAAUUUUUUAACAAUACCUUCAGUCAACUAUGCACCGAAUAAAAAUUCAUCAUCAGUCAAACGUCGUAUCAUGAAAAGUAGAGAAAGUUUGAAAUGUAUCGGUGAGAAUUCGGGUCCAUCCAGUCCGAGAAAAUCUUCACCAACGGAGCAAAGUGAGUCUAUUCCAAGCGGCGAUGGUGACAUUGGUGGUCAGUAUAUUAGUAAUGUUACUUAUGGAGGAUUAAAUCGAUUCGAACCUGAUUCAGGUUCUGAGUUCGAUGUUCGUGGUUCAACUUCAAAUUUACUUGCUAAAAGGGAACGAUUAUUAGCCAUGAAACAGAUUCAUAAAACAAUCGGUUGUCCAUCAAGUUCAAUGAGAGAGACUCGAUCACAAGCACUGAGAACUAGAUCAGGUAAUAAUACUGCAUCAUUAGAUGAUUAUGUUAUGGGUGAAAAUGACGAAUAUCUUUUAUACGGAACUGCUUCGGGUUCGACAAAUUCUACAGCUUCAGGAUCAAAUUUACACGCACUCCAAUCACGACCAAAAAGCCCUUUGAUGGUACGUGCUAAGCCUCAGAUACAAAGAAAUCCUUCUUGGCCUGGACUUAUAAGGUCGAUCAGUGCUGCAUCAGAUUCGGAUGACACGGGAGCAGAUAUGAGAAUAAUUACAAUUGAUGAUCACGCUUUUCGGGAGCCCAGAUCACCAGGUCGAAGUCGCCUUAAUCGUCGUCUCUCAUCAAAAAGGUCAGUUUACCAAGCUUCAUCAAAGAGUUCCCAAAGUCUUUGUGAACCUGUAGCGGGUACAUCUUUAUCUUCAUCAUCAAACAGAUUCACAGGAGGAGUAAAUGUAAAUAAUAACAGUAACCGACAUAGAAUCAUGACCCGAACCGAUUCCUAUCCAAUGAGACGGUACUAUGGAGGUGGUGAAACAUCAUCACUUGGUGCAAGUGGAGCUGAAAGAUUAGGAGGAGGAAUGGUAAGAAUGAAGGAUAAAUCAUCAACCAUUUCAUCAUCUUCAUCAUCUUCAUCUGAAUCAUACCUUUCAACCAACGACGAUGAGUUAAUGGUAACCAUGCAUUCAACACGUUCACUUAAUGCCUACAGUCCUUGUCCUCCAAGUCCACGGGGAGUUAAAUCAGCCUCACCUCGAGGUAGUUUACGAAGACUUGAUUCUGAAAGGUAUGACGAUCAUCACUAUAAUACUAACAAAUGUUCAAAGGGCUGGUCAAAGUCUUUCAAACAAGCCAAUUUAAGGCAAGAGUCAAGGAAAAUGUCAAUCUCAGAUACUGCACUUUCAUUUGAUACAAUCAGGUCAGGUCGAGGUCAUGGUAAAUCUUGGUAUGAUCGUCGAGCAAAACUCAAAUCACCAUCACAAAGUUUACCAACAACUGGUGAUUCUGAAGAUGCUGAGAUAAUUGUUCAACCAAGAAGUAGACGAAAAGUAUCCAAAACUUUCUCUUCUCAAGCAAUCGGCUCACCUUGUAGUCCAAAUCAGGGUGAUUCAAGUAAAUAUUAUAUCCGAAAGUGCAAUUGUAAAUGUCAUUGGAAGUCUACGGAUGCAUAUACACACGUUUGAUGGAAUUAACAACAAAUGGAAAACUCUAACAACCAGACAGACCUUUCUAUCGUUACUACAACAUUUUCUCACUCAACAAUUUAAGAUUUUUGUGACUUAUAAAUUUUAUCCAGAAUUCAUUUAACUGCUAAGAGAUCGUGAAAUUUUAUGUAAAAAUUAUACUUAUACCAAAAUGAAAAAAUUUGCUCACUUGAUUUGAUAAAUCUUAAAUCAAAAAUAGAUAAACAAGCACCCAAAAUCAUAUCUCAUUUAAAUGUUAUGUCUGAACAACCAAUGCAGCAAAUGAUACAAUAUAUCGUUAAUGUAUUAUAUUGAUGAAUAAACUUUAAUCUUUUUCUUAC